AUGGCUCCCCAGCGCACAAUGAACAAUAUUUCGAUUCGGUGUAAUCGAGACACUCCCCGGUGUGACAAGUGUGAAGCUACAGGAACCGAAUGCGUGUACCCGCUACGAAAACAACGGACCAAGAAACAGGGGAAUGACAUCGACGAGAAAAGGGUGCUCCUAGAAGUCCUCCACCGCCUUAAACGUCUUGAAGACCAUUGUGGUAUCGAAAAAGGCCCAGGCCCGGACGAACAUGACGAAGGUUCCAUGUCUGUUUCGUCCGUCGACUCGGAGACCACUAAAAUUGUACCACUGGCUGAAUGCCGUUCCCCGAUUUCGCCCGUGGUCAAUAGCAUUUUAGAUGGCAUCAAAGAUGCACAUACUAGAUCCCUGCUACUAUCUAAUGUCUUCUGCCAUUUGCGCACAGUUGAAUCAUGCAUUUUCCAAAGCGAGCGCUGCAUGGAAGCCAUCAGAUCUGCCAUGUCGGAGCUUCAACAUGAGGAAGAUACACAAAUGGAUGAGUCACCAUCAGCUCAUGUCAUACAGAAGGAAGCUGCAAAAGAAUCUAUUCGAAAUUAUUUCGACCUAUACAAAUUUGAGGGGUUCAAAAUCCCUAUCGAAAAAGAUUUUGUGCUUUCCAUUCCUGAUUUGAUGGAAAUCCCUCACGUUCAACUGGAUACCACGUCUCAGAUCAUAUACAACAGCAUUCUUCUGCAACAAACCAUACUAAAUCCCGUCCCUCGCACUGGAAGGGGUGGUAUUAUUCGACGUCUUUAUAAGAAUUGCGAGAACCUUUCCCAGGGCUGGAUCUUGAAGAGGACUCCUGCCGAUCUGUUUGCGGCGAUUGUCAUGGUCUCAAUGGCUCUUGAAAGUUGCAACAGUGAGCUCGCCUGGAAGAUGCUGGACCGAGCACUCAAGGUCGCCAGGUCUCUAGGAUACUUCUCCGUAGACGGGAGCCCAGAGCAGAUAAAUGGCGAAGCGAUUCCCACACCCAACCCUACUACCACCGAAACCGAAACCGAAGUCGACCGAAAUCGCAAACGAUUCGAAUUCUGGCAUCUGCUCCGCACAGACUGCCUCUUCCGACUAUCAUUCGGCAAGCCGACACUGAUCCCCCCUGGGUCGUGGAAGGUCAAUUUUCCAGAUCCCACCAUCACAGGCGUGGACGAUGAAGCUUCCCACUUUAUUCAAAUCCAUUUCCUUGCCUCGAUGCGACUUGCCAUCAUCGUCAUGAAAUACCUCGACUGGAUCGACUCGGAACCAAACCCUGAUCCGUCUUCUUAUGAUGCGAUCAUCGAUAGCUAUAUCGGAGAAGUGGAGUCGAUAAUGUCAGAUUGGGAUAUUGAGAAGCUGCUCGCAAUGGCAAAAACCCAUGUCGAUACCUGGUUCUGCGUGGAUAUGAUCUUUAGCAGUUACAAGAUGCUCAUCAUACUCUACCAGUCCAAGAAAUGUAAUCAAGGUAGUCAUCAGCUACCACGUCCAACAGUGGACUUUUCCAGGAAGUCUCUACAAACAUUUAGGACUCUCUUGAACAACGCAUCAACUGCCGUUUUUGGAAUGAGCCUUGUUCUAUUUCACCAGUUCAUCCCUUUCUUUAUCCUUUGCCUGGAAAUCAUUGAAAGUCCCCAGCACGACAAAAUGGAGGAAGAUAUUGGUUUGGUGAGCUGGAUCAGUAGCUACACCGAGGAGGUUAUAGACGAACGGAAUGAGCUCAAGCCGGUGAUGGUCAUCAUGAAGGUCAUGGAAUCUGCUUGUAAAAGGGCGAAAAUUGACGGUAUACCACACACUGUUUAA